AUGAGUCUGAUAGUGGUGCACAAGUUUCAUCGUAUGAAAGUGAAUCAGCACAAGAUGGCUUCAGGUGAUGAUCGUAAAAGACGAAUAUUAAAGAAUAUAUUUGGUAGGCGCAACAAGAAGAUUAUUGUUACCUCAUACAACAGGUCUGUAUGUAUUGAGGGUACCUCUUCAUCUCAGCCAGCUACUCAGAGUCAGCCUAGUCUGCCCAUACUUGCUCCUGCAGCUAUUACUCAGAGUCAGCCUAGCCCACAGUUCUACUCACCAGACCCACACUUACCUUCAUCGGACCUUACGCAGACUACUCCUUUCUACCCCUACUUCCCACCACCACCUCAUGGUGUCUAUCCUACAUAUCCACCAUAUUCAUAUCCGUCAUAUGUCCCACCACCUGCUCAGCCCUCUACAACACCACCUCAGCCCGCUACAGCACCACCUCAGCCCGCUACAGAACCACCUCAGCCCGCUGCAGCAGAGCAGGCGACAGAGGGUCGCAUAUUGAUUGAACCUGACGGUGACACGUAA